UGGACCCUGUCCUUCUGCCCAUUCAGAAACCUGCAUGUGACUACAUGUACAGUAGUGUCAUUCUGUAAUGUUUCCCAUUUCAUUUUCUGCAGGUACCGAAGAAAACAAAGGUGGUGCUGCUGUCUUGUGGCUCCUUCAAUCCAGUGACGAACAUGCACCUGCGCAUGUUUGAACUGGCACGGGAUCAGCUGGAGGACACGGGACGGUAUGAAGUGGUGAAGGGGAUCCUGUCACCAGUGGGCGAUGGCUACAUGAAGAUAGGCCUGAUCGAGGCCAGCCAUCGGGUGGAAAUGGCCAAGCUGGCGGUAGAGAGCUCCAGCUGGAUUGAGGUGGACAGCUGGGAGAGCAGGGAGGCCGAAUGGCUGGAGACAGUCAAAGUGCUGCAGUGAGCUCG